CCAGGAGCACUGCCCAAGUGCCCCCAGAAGAACGAGAGGCAUCGUCCUGGUAGCAACCUUAAGAGGAUUGGACCCAGAGGACCAAAAGAGGAGGAGAGAGGCAAGCCUGCCUCCAAGAAGUCCUCUGGAGCCAGACAGGUCCAGCUCACCCAGGGCCAGAGGGGUGCACAGUUAAUAAUGAGAGCUGUUCAGCUCCCACUGUUAACAGGCACCAUGGAGGUGAGGAAAGCGGCCUCCAAGACCUUGGGAAUCUGCUGGGGCCCUGCAGCAACCCCCGGGAAAAUUUCUUGAAUCCACUACCUCCCUAUUUUGUUCUGAGUCUCCUCCAGGAAGCCCUCCCAGACCACCAUCUAGGCCCUGGAAGCUGCUCAGCCUUGAACUCCCGGCAGGCCCCACCUAUUCUUGGCAGGUCAGUUUUGAGUAAAUCAACUCCCUCAUCUAUUAAAUGGGAGCCUGAGGGCCAACCCAGACAGACAGGAUAAAGUAACUAUGGGUCACUGGCCCCUUCCAAAGGCUUUUCCUCCCAGCUUGUAGGGGGUGCUUAAGGCAGCCCAGGGGUGAGGAAUGAGGCCCUGGGUGGCUGCCUGCAGCCCCCACUGGAAUCUUCCCUGCCCCUCCCUUCCAGAUUAACUGAAACCUGCUAAUUGUGGCAGCCUUCUGCAUGCUCCCCUCCCCCACCGACGAUUCGUCCCUCCUUUUGCCUCCCCUCCCCUCCCCCUUCCAUCCGAAUGAUAAAGGGUCUGGCCCGCCAGACCCGCGGGCCUCAGGCCCUCAGCCCUGCCUCACGCUACAUAGCCCCAUUGCCUUGUGCCGUCCACGGGGCCAGGCCCCUGCCCACGUUGGUUGCCUCCCCUGCAUGGGGCCCUGCAGCAACCCACGCCUGGGGCUUCCUGGGUCGGAGUCGUCAUCGCAGCCCCCCAAGAGGAGGAAGAAGAGAUACCUGCGUCAUGACAAGCCCCCCUACACCUACUUGGCCAUGAUUGCCUUGGUGAUCCAGGCCGCACCCUCCCGCAGGCUGAAGCUGGCCCAGAUCAUCCGUCAGGUCCAGGCUGCAUUCCCCUUCUUCAGGGACGACUACGAGGGCUGGAAGGAUUCCAUCCGCCACAACCUCUCCUCCAACCGAUGCUUCCGCAAGGUGCCUAAAGAUCCUGCGAAACCCCAGGCCAAGGGCAACUUCUGGGCGGUCGACGUGAGCCUGAUCCCGGCCGAGGCGCUGCGGCUGCAGAACACGGCCCUGUGCCGUCGCUGGCAGAGCAGGGGCGUGCGGGGAGCCUUCGCCAAGGACCUGGGCCCCUACGUGCUGCACGGCUGGCCCUACCGGCCGCCCAGUCCUCAGGCGCAGCCCAGUCCUCAGCCACCACCCAGUCCUCAGCAGCCGCCCAGUGAGGGCUUCAGCAUAAAGUCUCUGCUAAGGGACCCCAAGGAGGGGGUGCCACAGAGCAGCCCGGGUCACACAGGAUCUGGGCACAGUGGGGAGAAGGUGGUGCCUGCUCCACCCCUGCGCUCUGAGAGGCCUCUGUGGCCCCUCUGCCCCCUUCCCGGGUCCAAAAAAACAGAUAGGGAGACUAAUUCGCAGGGGGAAACCAGCAGGCCUUCACCCCUCUCCCCUGAGCACAGAGCCUGGCCCCUCCACUUACUGCAGGGUUCCCCAGAUGCUGGGGGACUGUCUGGUGGGAGUCACAGGGCCUCACUUUGGGGGCAGCUGCCCACCUCCUACUUGCCCAUCUACACUCCCAAUGUGGUAAUGCCCUUGGCUCCGCUACCACCCACAUCUUGUCCCCAGUGCCCACCUUCUACUAGCCCAGCCUUCUGGGGGGUGGCCCCUGAAACCCAUGCCCCCCCAGGGCUGCUCUGGGAUCUAGAUGCCCUCUUCCAGGGGGUGCCACCCAACAAGAGCAUCUACGAUGUGUGGGUUAGCCACUCCCAGGAUCCAGCUGCUUCCAGCCCAGGCUGGCUACUCUCCUGGUACAGCCUGUGAGGCCCCCCCCCCCCCCGGGGCAGGGGCUGCUUCCCUCUCCUACCCCUUCCUGCCACCACUGGCUUGUUGGGGAACCAAGGCCAAGAGGACCCAGAGGUGUUCUGUGGCCACAGCAGCUUUGAAACACCAGGCACCAGCGAUGCUGAGAAUCCACAAUAUUUAUUGGACUACCCCACAAAGGUGGUGGUGUGGCUAGGCACCACCCUGGCCCCCAGGGUCCGUCAUGCCUCUCCUACCCCCAGAGGCAAGGCUGGAAAGAGUGGGGACUUUGCUUGCAGUAGCCCCUUCCUGAUCCCACUUUCUCUGACCCUCUCUGUCCGUCCAUCCUUCCUUCCAUCCAUCCAUCACCAUGUGUCACUUCCUCUCCCUGGCUCCACGCUGGGGGAGGGAGAACCUAAUGGUGGCUCCAGCCUGUCCUGUCCUCCCUCAUCUGCCUGGGAAUGAGGUAGCACCUUUUUGGGGAAAAGAAAUCAAUACCCUACUCGUUUUGGGUGGUGGUAGUGGGGAAGAUAACAGUAAAGGAGUAGACAACAUUGUAA